AUGGCCAAAGCUACCACAGACAGCCUCAUCCCCUUCUCAAAGGCGACGGAAGUUGAGCGGGUCGCUUCGCACACAUACAGAGUUAAUCUCAGCGACACCUUCUGCAUAGGAACUGUACCUAACGGGGGUUAUGUGGCAUCGUGCAUCCUCGAGGCGGCAGGUCUCCAUCUCGCCGAAAAAGGACAAAGGGAUGUAUUGAACGCCCACUUCCAGUUCUUGAAUCGCACCGAAAUAGGGCCAGCGGUGAUCAUCAUCGAGGACGUCAAACUGGGCCGACAGCUCUCAACACUCCAUGUCACCCUCUACCAACAUGCCCUCUUGCCCACAGCGCCGUGGAUUACACAGGGGCCGACACGCAAGGAGAUUGCCGGGUACUUGACCAUGACGGACCUCAAGAAGGAGAGAGGCAUCUCGCUUUCCACGGGGUUCACUCUGCAGAACUCCGCUCCGGCACCCCCGCGGCCGGACUUUGCCGCUCUGAAGGAAGACCGUGAUGCAAAUUGGACCCGGUACAAGUUCCCCGGUGGCAGCCCGCUGAGCUACGCGCGGUGCCUGCAGAAUUGCAUCUACUACGACCCCCGGGGCGGGCGGACGACGAAUUCCGUCCUCAACAAGUGGGUUCGGCUUGCAUCCGGCGAAAACUUCACGGCUGCUUCAUUGGGGUAUGUCUCUGACUGCUGGCCGUACGUGGUCGAGGCUCAGCGGCCGACCAAGAAGGAGGCCGCCGAGCUGCAAAGCCGAGGCGAGAUCAUCCCUUUUGCCCCCGGCGCUACCUUUUGGUAUCCAACCGUGGUGCUCAACCUCGAAAUCAAAAAGGCGCUACCUGAGGGGGGGCUGGAGUGGUUGCAGAUGCGGGUACAAUCAAAGCAAAUCAAAGACGGCCGCUUCGACCUUGAGGUGCUGCUGCUCGACGAGCAUGGAGAUUUAGUUGCGCUGAGCAACCACGUCAAUUUGAUACUCGGAAGCGAGAGAAACACAGCCGAUAGGACCAGAGGUGGCGAUGCUGCAAAGAAGUCGUUAAGUCGCAUCUAA